CCUGGCUCUGCAAUAAGCAAGGGAGAGCUCAGCCCUUCUGCCUGUCCUGGCUCAACACUCUUCAGAUUUGUCAUCAGAAAAAUUUACCCCUAAAGAAACACCCCCGAGGUGUUACGAUAGUAACCAAAACCCCAGUCAAAAUUAUUUUAAGGAUACACUGUUCCUCUCUCCUGCAGCCCAAAUUGCUCCAAGACAACAGAACAGGAAUUGAACUUUUCCAUCAAAGCUGGGUUCCAUGUGACAUCCCCUGGGAUCAUGAGAGCUGUCCCAAAGCAGCUCCAUGUCUGCACUGCAGCAGAGCAAAGCUGAGUCCUCGGCAGCACAUGGGCAGAGCUCCUGCUCCUCACAGCACCCUCAGAGAGCACAAACCAGAGAAAAGAAAUGCCUUGACUUGGAGGGGAUUUCCCUGAAAACUGCACUGGCUUUGCUGAGAGGGGGCUGCCUUAAUUGUUCCCUGUGCUUUCCUUUUCUGAACAGAUCCUGUGCUAUGGAACAGCAAAUGCCCAACAGCAGCUCCAUGCCCCAGUUCCUCCUCCUGGCAUUGGCAGACAGGCGGGAGCUGCAGCUCCUGCACUUCUGGCUCUUCCUGGCCAUCUCCCUGGCUGCCCUCCUGGCCAACGGCCUCAUCCUCAGCGCCGUAGCCUGCGACCACCACCUGCACACCCCCAUGGGCUUCUUCCUGCUCAACCUCUCCCUCACAGACCUGGGCUGCAUCUGCACCACUGUCCCCAAAGCCAUGCACAAUUCCCUCUGGGGCACCACAACCAUCUCCUACACAGGAUGUGCUGCACAGCUCUUUUUCUUUGUCUUCUUCAUCUCAGCAGAGUUUUAUCUGCUCACCAUCAUGUGCUACGACCGCUACGUUGCCAUCUGCAAACCCCUGCACUACGGGACCCUCCUGGGCAGCAGAGCUUGUGCCCACAUGGCAGCAGCUGCCUGGGCCACUGGCUUUCUCAAUGCUCUGCUGCACACAGCCAAUACAUUUUCCCUGCCCCUGUGCCAGGGCAAUGCCCUGGGCCAGUUCUUCUGUGAAAUCUCCCACAUCCUCAAGCUCUCCUGCUCACACUCCAACACCAGGGAAAUUGGGCUCAUUGUGGUUAGUGCUUCUUUUUGUUUUGGCUGUUUUGUUUUCAUUGUUUUCUCCUACCUGCAGAUCUUCAGGGCUGUGCUGAGGAUCCCCUCUCAGCAGGGAAGGCACAAAGCCUUUUCCACGUGCCUCCCUCACCUGGCUGUUGUCUCCCUGUUCCUCAGCACUGGCACUUUUGCCCACCUGAGGCCCUCCUCCAUCUCCUCCCCAUCCCUGGAUCUGGCACUAUCAGUUCUGUACUCGGUGGUACCUCCAGCACUGAACCCCCUCAUCUACAGCCUGAGGAACCAGGAGCUCAAGGAUGCCCUUAGGAAACUGAUAACUGGGUGUUUUUCAGAAGCAAUAAACUCCUUCUUCUGCAUGUUAUGUUCCUCAUUAAAGGCCAAUGCCGUGAGAACUGCAGAGAAGCGAGCUGAGAACACGGCGGGCCCUGGUCCUCUUUGGUGCCCGGGGCUGCCCCGAGAGGGAGUCCCCGGCCCUGCCCCCGGAGCCGCCGCGCCGUCCCCUGAGCGCCGCUGA